UAGCGUAUUCCACCUCCUCCUUGCUGGGGUUGAGCGAAAUUUGGCAAGGGAACAGGGAAUACUGUAGGCACUUCCGCCGGGCAUUUUUGGUCCUCAUGAGUCAUGAGCUAGUAAACGCCGGGAGAAGACCAUUCUCGGGUUGGAGCGAGGAGGUAUAAGUUCUCCAGCACAUUUUCCACCUCCUGAAGCCCCAUAUGUUCUGGGGGGGUUGGCCUCCUCCGUGUAAUGACGAUGGAUCGGUCGAAUUCCCUGGUCCAGUCUUUAAGGGCCUCUCUGGUUGGGUUACAGGGCUGAUUCUUGAGCAGGACGACGCAGCGGAGGAUUGCUUACAUACGCACCACCAGAUCGCCCGCCGAACCACAAGCAGCUUUGGCUUCCAUCCCGGAAAUUGUGGCCAGAUCGAGGAGUUAAGUGAGCCAUUGCUGAAUGCUUCUACAUUACGAAGUCAUAGAGGCUGGAUGGGAGUCCUUAUGCCGGCUCCAACCCAAUAGACUGCCUAAGUGCCGGCCGGGUCCUAAGGGAUGUGUGGCCGUAGACUCGCCUCAACCUCAACUCUUACUCAGACUUCCCUCACUC